UUAGGGGGACAGCAGCCAUCACAGCGUGUGGCAGCUCCAGAAGUGAGUGCACAAGACUGUUUUUUCUCUAUAAUGAUCAAAGCGGUGAAAACAUGAUCGUUUUCAUUUAGCCUGUUUCGGAUAACUCUGUUUGAAUCGGGAUUAAAACAGUUUACCGGUGUCGUGGCAGCCUAAUUGUGGAAUAAUCCGAAUGAUGUAAACGUGUAGAAUUACCCCCUGGACCAGAGUAAUGCUGCAGCAGCCUCAGCUUUCAUCAUUUUCUCCAAAACAUCUGACUCUGGUGCUUCAAUAACGAGUGGAACUCUCCUCAACUCCGUGCGUAAAACACCCAACUCCCCCGUUAUGAGCGUGGUACGAGCCAACAGUGCUUGGCAUCCACACAACAAAUCACUCCAGUGCCUCAGAUUGACCAGCAGCGGAGACCUGGAGCUUAUUUAGACUUUUGGAGAGGACACUGCGCAUGAACGUCUACCAUACCAAGGUGAACAUCCUGCGCCAACCAGAGACAGGGAUUCCCCACCUUCAAUGGGGCGGGUGGAGGAGAACGAUGUACCGGAGGAAAGUAGGGGCCAUAGUCUGACGGAUGGCGAUGCUCCAUCGUCCUGCUUCUCUCGGGAGGACAUCUGCGACACAGGUGAUGCGAAAGAAGAAGAUGCGCUCCGUGUUCAGCCGGAGUCAUGUCUUCCAGCUGGAGACCACUUUUGAACUGAAACGCUACCUGAGCAGCUCGGAGCGAGCUGGGCUGGCGGCCUCGCUGCAGCGCACGGAGGCCCAGGUGAAAAUCUGGUUUCAAAACCGCAGAAACAAGUGGAAGAGACAGAUUGCUGCGGACGUGGACGCCAGCAGCGGCCCCUACGAUGCCCAGAGGGCCGUUGGCGUUCCCGUGCUGUAUCACGAGAAUGUGACCACCAGUGGCUGGCUUUUCAAGUUAACUACCCACUGAUCUGGGGUCGCUUCUAACACCACAGAUGACUUUAGGGCUGGAAGUGAGGCCAUGAAAACCCACCGUAAUGUUCUGACACCAAUUAUUCAAAUAAUGCAGCUGCAAAAAUGUCCAUUUUAGUUCAGGUUCAUCUUCUUCCACUGCAGUGGAGAUGAUUCAUCCUGUGUUUAACCGUUUCUUAGAUGUUUCUAGACAAGUUUAACAAAUACAGCCAGAUUUACAGUAGAUUAAAGAUGAUCUACUGUAGACUAUGGCCAUUUAAAAAACCCUAAACAAGAUCAUUUCUCCCCCUCAUCAGCCAUUUCCCCCCAGCUUAGUUUAAAUACAAGUCAUUUUAAGACUCUUUGAUAAAUGUAGCAACGAUGAUGGAUAUUUUUGGACUACUGAAGCUGCCAAUCCUGGGUUUCACAUAAAUUAUUCGUGCAUACAGGCUCAAAUAAGGCAAAAUAAGAUUCACCAGCUUUUGUAAACCUAUGAAAAAACUCAAAUACAGGAACAUGAAAGCAUAGAAAAGACGAAGUUCAGUAGAAGAUCUGGGAAUGCUAAAAUCAAAAAGGGUGAACAAAUUAUAUCAAUGGAGAUGUUUCAAAAAGGGUAAACUGCUCAGAUGUGUCUGAAACGCGAAGUUCACACAACGAAGACAAAGACAAACAUACAUCAUUUUACAAGCUUUGCUUUUACAGAUAAUCUCUGUGCCAAACUUUACAAGCUCUUCUGUAUUUGGUUAUAUUCAAACUCACUAGAAAUCUUACAUUCACAAAUGAUUUCACUGGUUUUCUAAGUCUUCGUCUGUUGUUUUCCAACUAUAUCUAGUUUGAGCCUGUAACUUAUGCACUGCCUCUUUUGAACUUGAUCGUUAAUGAAAAGACAUUUGUGUUUGAGAUGCUGGAUGUUGUGGUCGCUGCCUGCAG